AUGGGGACCUCAUCUGACUCAGAGAAUAUCACCAAAAAUUAUCUACUACAAGCACUGGAUGCGUUAUCCCAGAAGCUGAUAACCACAUGGUAUUAUUCUAUGGACUACCUCAGAAAAGAUGUGCAAGAACUGGGCAAAAGAACGUCUCACAUAGAAUCCAAAAUGGAUGACUACGCCACCGCACACCCACAAUUACUCCAUGGACAGACCUCACUUCCACUAUUUCUAUUCACAUAA